AUGCCCAGAGCUGCUCGGGGCCCCGGCAGCACGCAUCACUGCCUGUGGAAAUACAUCACAGUUGCCGUGACCUUGAUUCUCCUGAGCUUCUUCCUCCAAGAGAAAAAUGAAGAGCAUCUUAAGUACAGUUUAUUGUUGGAGGAAAAGAAGAAAAUACUGGGGCAGCUCAACCAGGAGCAAAUCGGCUCCGAAAUCAAGAACCGUCUGGAGGCCUUCAAGGACAUGCAGAAAACUUCCCCUUUGCUCCGACAUGCCAAGUACAAAUUCCUGGCUGGAGCCCCUCCCCGGGAAAAGAAGCUGCUGACGGUGGGCGUCUCCUCAGCGCAGCAGCCCCACGGGAGCCGCCUCCGGAACACCCUGCGGCCCCUGUUCCAGGCGUCCUCGGGACCCGAGCCAGAGUGCAUCGUGGUGCUGGCCUCCCUGUCCGACUCUGACCCUGAAUGGCUCAGCCAGACGGCGGCCAAUAUCUCCGACCUCUUCCGAGCGCACACUGAGGCCCAGCAGCUGCUCGCGGUCCGUGGCCGGCUCGGCGGCCCCCCUGUCCCGGGUGGUCUGCACAACGCCAGCCACUCCUCCCCCUGCGAGGCCCCGUACUCCAGGCAGAAGGCGGACUACGCCCUCCUCAUGUACUUCGCUGCGAACCUCUCCGAAAACUUUCUGAUGCUGGAAGACUGGGUUCACUGUGUCCCCAGGUUUAUCUCUACUGUCUACUGGGCACUGUCAGCCUGGAAAGAGCUGCCUUGGGUGACCCUGGAGUUCUCCAGCCUGAGCUUCUCUGGGAAAGUUUCCCACUCCAGCGAUCUCCCCCGCUUGACCUCUUUCUUCCUCCUUUUCCACAAGGACACUCCUACUCACUUGCUUCUCUCUGAAUUCCAUCUUCUCCUGGCCCAGAACGUUCCAGUUCGUUUCGGUUCCUCAGCCUUCUACCACAUGGGCAAUGAUUCUGUGCUCGAGAACACGUGCUUUCCUGCAGAGAAGGGAAAGGUCUUUGGUGAACGAGACAACGUCACCGCCAGUGUCUGCACGGACAUGGUGACGGUGCUGAACGAUGUCCCCCAGUACGCCUACACUCUGAACAAGGAGAGCUUCGCCACCCUCAGUCCUGUCAAAGGCAACCACCUGACAGUGGUCCUGGAGAAGCCACAGAAAGUCAUCCGGAUAGAGGUGCUGACAGGGUCUGGCAAACAAAGGCAGUACAAGCUGGAGCAAGGGCAAGUGGAACUGGGCUAUGGCCCCUUGGAGGAUUUCAAAGGCUGUGCUCGCUACAUGCUGCUAGGUCCAAUGGUGGCAGGACAUUUGGACCAGAUGGUGUCUUAUGAGGAAGGUUCCGUGGAGGAGCUGAGUUGCAUACGGCUGCUGGUGCUAGCACCUCAAGAGUCCUGGCUCCUCAUCAGGCAGGUCAAAGCCUGGAUCACCGAGGAUGAGGAAGAGGAGAGUUAG